AUGACCGCGCUGUCCCGAGAGAUGAGCCAGGAUGAGUCCGCGGAGCCCGCACCACCGUGCCACGAGCUGUGCGAUGCGGAGCGCGCGGACCAGGAGUGCGAGAGGGUCACGAUUAACAUUUCCGGUCUACGGUUCGAAACUCAACUCAAAACACUCGAACGAUUCCCAAACACGUUGCUAGGAGACCCGAGCAAACGGAUCCGAUUCUUUGAUCUAAACAGGAAUGAAUACUUUUUCGACAGGAACAGACCAAGUUUUGACGCCAUCCUGUAUUAUUACCAAUCAGGCGGGAGACUCCGACGACCCAUUAACGUGCCGGUGGAAAUUUUUUUGGAUGAAGUCCGAUUUUACGAGAUAGAGGAGGACGUCGUCGAGCGCUUCAAAGAGGACGAGGGUUUGUCUAAAGAAGACGAGCGUCCGAUGCCCUCCAAAGAGUUUCAGCGUCAGCUCUGGUUGCUUUUUGAGUAUCCGGAUAGCUCUGGACCAGCCAAACUGUUCGCCAUCAUAUCUGUUAUGGUCAUCCUGAUAUCCAUUAUCAUCUUUUGCUUGGAAACUUUGCCGCAGUUUAGAGAGGACGAGCAGGUUUUCAACAACCACAUCGCGCUGAACGUAACCAUUGAAAGAUUCAGCCCAUUCACGGAUCCGUUUUUCAUGUUGGAGACCCUGUGCAUCAUUUGGUUUUCCACUGAACUGCUUGUAAGGUUUCUCACAUGCCCAAACAAAACCGCUUUUUUCAAAGACAUCAUGAACACUAUAGAUAUAUUAGCGAUCAUGCCGUAUUUUGUCACGUUGGGAUUAGACCUCGCCGAGGUUGAGUCCAACAAUCAACAAACCACAUCCAUAGCUAUUUUACGAGUUGUCCGCUUGGUGCGCGUCUUCAGGAUUUUCAAACUUUCGCGGCACUCCAAGGGUCUCCAAAUUCUCGGCCAGACCCUGCGUGCGAGCAUGCGAGAACUUGGGUUGUUGAUAUUUUUCCUGCUCAUUGGUAUUAUAUUGUUUUCCAGCGCGGCGUACUUCGCCGAAGUGGAUGACCCGGAAUCGUCAUUUACGAGCAUCCCGGACGCGUUUUGGUGGGCGGUGGUAACCAUGACUACUGUUGGAUAUGGAGACAUGUACCCCGUCACUAUCGGUGGCAAAAUUGUUGGAUCGAUGUGUGCUAUUGCAGGAGUUCUUACCAUCGCGCUGCCGGUACCGGUUAUCGUGUCUAAUUUUAAUUACUUUUAUCAUCGAGAGCACGACGAAGAGGAGCAGGUGGAGUACACGCACGUGACUUGCGGUCGACCGGUGCCGCCGCUGGCUGACUGCAAUAAGAGCGACAGUAAACCCUCUCUCUUUAAAACAGAUAAUUCAGAUGACGACUCUGUAAAUCCAUCGACUUACUUAAAUUUCAGUCAACUGGAUGAAUAUACGGGAAAGUUCACAGAUGUGUAAGAACAAAGUACCAUUUAUAAUGCAGCAGAUGUACGAAGAAACUAUUGUGGCAUUUUUUUUAAGUGUCUGUGACUUUUGUAAACGUGUGCAUUGAAUUAUUUUGUAAUAUAUUGUAAUAUGUAUUUACACAUAAUUUGUACAUUAUUGUAAGCCAUGUUUAAGGCUUUUAUGCGCUGUAAUAGAUUUGCAACUUGGAUAAUAAGCUCAACCUUGUGGCUUUUCUAUAAACUGUCAUAACGUGCUUUAAAAUUCAGGGGUUACUCUGCAAUUGUUGCAUUUGCUCAGGAAUUAAUGUUAUUAAUGGAUUUAACAAGAAAACGCAUGGUCUGAUGCUACAGAUCUGUCGAGUGGGCUUCUUCUCUUGACAGUGCACAACAAUAGAGGUUUUACAUUGAGAUGACCUCAACAUUUUGUCUAGUUAACCAGCCCACACGACAGCCUCAGACCAAAAGAAAACUUUAUUUUUUCUAACACCUUAUGAAAGUAUGAAUUGUUAACUUAUUUUUGAUAAAUAAAUAUAUUGUCAUUUU